AUGGAGAUCACUGAGCUACAAGGCAACUGGAUAGAAAUGGAUGAUAAGCAGUUGCUUGUGGAAAACAACAAAGAGGAACGAAAACUUAACAAAAACAUAUGCCUGGCUGGCUUUAAUACAAUCAACGCUAUCCUUGGUACAGGAAUGAUAGGGUUACCAUAUUCAAUGAAGCUGGCUGGAUUUCCUCUGGGGUUGUUACUUUUGCUUGGAAUAGCAUAUAUCACUGAUUGUUCCAUGAUCCUGUUGAUAAAAGGAGGAGCAAUGUCUGGCACCAGCACAUACCAGUCUUUGGUUAGCAAAACAUUUGGAUUUCCAGGAUACAUUAUUUUAUCUGCUUUACAGUUUUUAUAUCCUUUUGCUGCAAUGAUUAGCUAUAACAUAAUAACAGGAGACAUUUUGCCAAAAAUAUUUCAACGUAUCCCUGGAGUUACUCAAGAAAAUGUGCUUUCUGACCGUCGUUUUGUUAUCUUGGUCACUACGGCCAUUGUAACUCUUCCCAUAGCACUUUAUCGCAAUAUGCAAAGGCUUGGAAAGGUGUCUUUGAUAUCCCUAAUUUUAACAUUUAUUGUCCUCAUAAUCAUCAUUAUAAGAGCAUCUUCAUUGACUUCAAUAAUACCCCAGACUGAAGAUGCCUGGGUUUUUGCAAAGCCAAACACAAUUCAAGCAGUUGGUGUGAUGUCUUUUGUUUUUAUGUGCCACCAUGCUUGUUUUUUAAUUUAUGGAUCGCUGGAAGAAGCUACAGUCAGUAACUGGUCGUGUAUUAGCCAUGUUUCAAUGCUGCUGUCAUUGUUUAUUAGUGUGAACUAUUCUGUAUUUGGAUAUGUGACAUUCACAGGAUUCACCCAAGGAGAUCUGUUUGAGAAUUAUUGCAAAGAUGAUGACCUAGCCACCAUUGGAAGAUUCUGCUAUGCACUCACAAUAAUCCUAACUUAUCCUAUGGAAUGUUUUGUGGCUAGAGAGGUGAUUGCAAAUGUGUUCUUUGAAGGUAAUCUGUCACAUACUCUUCAUGUGGCAGUUACUAUGUUAAUUGUGUUUCUGACUACGUGUAUAUCUCUAACCUCUGACUGUCUAGGAAUGGUACUAGAACUAAAUGGUAUUGUGAGUGCUACUCCUCUGGUAUUUAUCAUCCCUACAGCUUGCUAUCUGAAGCUGUCAGAAGACCAUUGGUAUCACAAAAACAAUGCAAUGCCGUGUAUUAUACUCUUGCUUGGCCUGAUCAUAAUGCCAGUGGGCUUUGUCAUGGCUAUUUUGUAUCCACAGGAAUGUAGUCAUGGUAAUGAAAUGUUUUACUGUGUCUCCAACAGCUCUACUGUUUACAACAUUACAACUGCAAAUCUGUAUCCAGCUAAUAAAUUGCAAAGCAGUAUUAAAGGAACUGUAAACAUCUUGUAA